CCUGUCGAGGUCUUGAGCCAUGGUUAUUGGGUUGGGGCAUGUGCUAUUUUUCUUCCGUUACAACGCACAUGCUCUUUUGCUAGUUUUUGUUGUUGUUGAGUAAAUGCUCUUUUGCUAGUAAAAACAAAACAAAUAUAGACUGGGCCUGCGUGGACUCUCCUCGUCAAGCCUCAGAGUCUUCUUGGGCUCUAUUGCGGCUAUCUCGUCUCAGCUGUGGCUCGGAAAAAAAAAACUUAAGAAAGCCCUAAACCCCAUCUAAAAUUUCCCCUCUCCUCCCGUCCCCGACUGCGCCACCGCCACCAGGCCACGACCGCCGCCCCUCUCUCCCUGCAACGCUCGCUAUACCCUCCACCAGACCGCCGCCGCGCCGCUCCCACCUCUCUGCCACCCUCCGCGCCCCUGACUCCCCUCUGCCGUCUUUGUGUGUCGCUGAAUCAUCGCUGUCCAAGAUGAGCGACGAGGUGAUAUGGCACUGCCUCCGCCACAACCACUGCAGCUUCAUGGCCAAGAUCGAGACGGGGCUAUUCUGCCGGAACCCCUACAACGCCACGGGCAUAUGCAACCGGAGCUCCUGCCCGCUCGCCAACAGCCGCUACGCCACCAUCCGUGACCACGACGGUAUCUUCUACUUAUACAUGAAAACUGCGGAAAGAGCACAUCUGCCAAACAAAUUAUGGGAGAGAGUCAAACUACCCAGGAAUUAUGAGAAAGCAAUGGAAGUCAUCAAAAAGCAUCUCGAACAUUGGCCGGAGCUACUUGUGCACAAGAUCAAACAGCGCCUGACAAAAAUGACUCAGUAUCGGAUAAGGAUGAGGAGACUUCAACUUAAAGUGAGAGAGAAGAUAAUGACAGUCCCCAGGAAGAAGGCUCAACGUGAUCUGCAAAGAUUAGAGAAAGCUGAAAAGGCUGCUCAACUAGAAAAGAGUAUUGAAAGUGAACUAAUGGAACGUCUGAGGAAAGGUGUUUAUGGUGGUGAAAUUCAUAAUGUCCCCUCAAAGCAGUUUCAUACUAUCCUUGACAUGGAAAAGGACGAUCUGGCUCCUGAGAUAGAAGAGGAAGAAGAAGGUGAGAUAGAGUAUGUUGAAGGUGUUGAUAUCGAGAUGGGUGAAAUGGAAGACAUGGAAGACUUCCAAGGCUUCAGUGGAGAAGAUGAUGAUGGAGAUGAAGAUGAUGGUCUGGAUGAGCCAGUAACAAUGAGGCCCAAGAGAUCGGGCUCCGAUAUAAGGUCAAAGAUUGGGCGCAAGUCUACGAAAGUAAUCACUGAGGUGGAACAAGACGAAAACAGGAAUAUCAGGCUAAGGAUGCGGAUGUGAUUCACCCAAGCACGGUGCCUUCAUUAACGUGUGUCGUGUUGAUGACCGUGUAGUUUAGAAAAGUUUGCUUUUAUCUUAUGAUAAUCUAUUGAGUUCGUAUGAUGGUUUGUUUUGCUGAGAGCAUGGAAACUGGCAUGAGUUGUACUAACUUAGAACAGUAUUCCGUCUCUCUCUCUCUGAUCCGAACCAGGUUUUUGCAAAGUUGCACAGGAUGUACACUGUUAACGUCAAGUUGUGUGAUGGAUUCACAAGAGUGAAUUCACAGAACGAGGUUUUAUUUU